AUGCAGCAAGAGGUGGUGGAAGCCUUGGAAACAAGUGGAAAACCCAAGAAAUGUAAUCCUGGAGAAGCAGAGCUCUACAAAUUUAAAGCACGGAAACUGGAUUCUGGAAUUCUUUACAGUGGGCACAUUUUUCCUAAGAAACUGCCAGAGAAGCCACCCACCGUGCCUAUUGACUUUGAUUUUGAAUGGAGAAAAGAAUCAAACAGCGAGAAGCAAAGAGGGUAUUGCAGGACAAACACUUUAAAUAUAUGCAAAGCCUUGCCCUUACCAUAUCCUGUUGGGUGUUGUGGGUGUUCCCGAUAA